UCCCGUGAAGACGUGCGUGUGGCCAAAUAAAAUGCUUUAAGAUUUCAUAAACGACUGCCUCUCUUCUUGCCAUUGCAAUGGCAUUUAGCUUCAACUUCGAUCUGCAGAUAAAAACGGGUGAACCCGACAACGAAGAUACGACUCAGAAGGAGGAGGCCCACGAAGCAAAACAAGUAAUUUCUACAGACACCACAAAAGAAGGCCCCGAAAAAGUAAAAGCGUCGAAAGAGCACGGCCCUCCCCUGGAUUAUCAGUCCCUCCUGGAAAACACGGUCUGUGAGACGUUCUCAUUGGGGACCCUGCCUCCGAUCCACUAUCUCAACGAGUCCGUGUUUGAGCAGACUGCUUCCGAGUUGAUUGACAGCGAGAAGAUACUGUCCCAGACGGCAGCCCAACACACGGACCUCAUCUCCGGUGUGUACGAGGGUGGUCUCAAGAUUUGGGAGUGCACGUACGACCUGCUGGAGUACCUGGAGAGCGAGGGGGAGGUUUUCUCUGGGAAAACGGUGCUGGAUUUGGGCUGUGGGGCAGGGCUUCUGGGCAUCUUGGCGCUGAAGAGAGGCGCGCAUGAGGUGCACUUCCAGGACUACAACAGUACAGUGAUAGAACGUCUUACUGUGCCGAACGUGUUGCUGAACUGCGAGUGUGACGACGACAGUGAUGAGCAAGACCAUGAGAAAGUGGGGGAGAAGGACGGAAGUCCGUCAGCCAAGAGGAGAGCCACGGAUCCUCCGCAGCACGCGAAAAUAGCCAAAUGUAGAUUCUUUUCAGGUGACUGGACGUCCUUCCUCCCACUAAUGCUAAGCAGUGACCCACCACCAAAAUAUGAUUUGAUCUUCACAUCUGAGACUAUUUACAAUACAGCCUACUACUCUGCUUUGCACGAGGUGUUCCACAGGCUUCUUGCCGAAGACGGUCUAGUCUACUUGGCCACCAAGGCUCAUUAUUUUGGAGUCGGGGGAGGGCUCUACCUGUUCCAGAGUUUUGUGGAGGAGAAGGACAUCUUCAAAAUGAAGUGCUUGAAGAAUGUGGAGCAGGGCCUUCAGAGGCAUGUUGUCUCCUUGACCUUCAAGAAAUCUGACAAGCCACUGACUGUUUAAUUAAGCCACGCAUCUGAUAUGAGUUGGUUUUAUUAAGAGUACAACAAGCAACAUUCAUUCUGUGUGAACAUCUGUGUACAUAUGUCAUAGGAUAGACACCUGAAAAGCAACAUUUACAGUUCAUACAGGGACUAAAAUGUGUAACUUCAGGGUCAUCCGUGUAGCUGGUGAUUUUCACAUUUCAUGUGAAAUACAAGGCAACAUAAAUAACAGGUAAUUUGGAAUAUGCAUAAAAAGGCUUGAGAUGCAGGCCUCAUUAAGUCUGUGCGAUGAAUUGAUUGAGAGAACUCAAUUGUCAUUUUGUUUGCCCUGUAAAUCGUAGUUACAAAUCAAAUAAUUUGUAAUUAAUGUUUUCCAUCCAAAAUUUGGACAUCUUGACUAUAUUUCUGUGUGUUUCAUCUGAAGCAGCAUUCUUCAGGUGUGUCUUCAUGAACUGGUGAUACCUUGUCACAUUUUGUGGUUACAGUUUGGUUUGAGGCCGUGUGCUCCAGGUAGAGGCUGCAGAGGGGCUGUAAAAGUGAGCCAGAGACCUGAACAGGCCUGAAAUAUUCUGACUGUCCAGCUAUACAAGUGGUUAAUGUUAACUGUAAGCUAUGGUACUUGCUCUGCAUAAUCUUCUGCUAAGCAAAUGCAGUGAAUGGUAGAUGGAACAGCAGAGUGUUGUAUGUUAACCGCAGAACCCCCCUAAAGACCUCCACCCUUUACAAACAUAGCAGUUGUGUGCAGUCCUAUCUAUGUUUGUUAAGCUCCUGUGACUGCGUGUGUGAGCUAGGGUGUUUCCCUCUGGUAGCAUGUCUGCAUUCCUCCUUCUCUGUCUAGUGCAUGUCAUGCUGUAAUAGCCACAACCACACCUACUGUUUCCUGCCAUUGCCAACAGGUCAUUUAACCGGACUGCAUAUCUCCAAAGAAGCUCUAGUCAAGUACCGGUUAUGCCUUAUUUUUGUGUGAUUUGAGUUGGCUAACAGGGCUUCAAUACCACAACUUGGACUAUGCAUGGUUACUUCUCCAUGAAAAGAAUGCACACACUGUAAUAACCCUUUAAGUGUUCAAAGCAAUACAUAAUAGCAACACAUUAUAAUCAAAUUUUACAAUAAUAAAAGUUGCUUUUGGUUGACGUUGAGC